CAACCCCAAUGAAAAACAAAAAGUUCCACCUCUGCCCUAUCUCAUGCAGAAGCCGUUUAUUCUACUGACAGCUGUGUCAUACAUGCCUCCGCAAACAAGUACCGUGGGGAAUCCGACAAUCCCUUCCCUACAUCCGUUGCCUCUUCUACCAGUGACGCCAGAGAUGGGCUUCUUUACCCGCGUCAAGAAUGUCAUAGCCCAUAUCGUCAUGCUUUCGCUGGGAAAGAUGGUGUUUGCCCCCUUCUGUGACCGGCUGGUUGCAGACAAGUUCGGAGAUGGUGUCAUCCCUCCGGCUUUAGAGAUUGAGAAGAACGCCAGCCUCGUCCUGUUGAGCAGCAACCCUGCCGUACAUUAUCACCAGCCCUUGUUGCCGAACACAAUCCAGGUGGGAGGCAUGCACUGUAUGAAGCCCAAGCCGCUUCCCAAAGGGCUGACUGAUUUCCUGGGCGAUUCCGAGUUUGUCUACUUCAGUUUGGGCUCAGUAGUGAAGCCUCAGGACAUGUCCCCGGAGCAGAAGGCGGCCAUCCUUGCCGCGCUUGGCUCUUUGCCUUACAAAGUGCUACUCAAGUGGGACACCACGGACCGCACCGGCCUGCCUGCCAACAUCCUCCCCUCCAAGUGGCUGCCGCAGCAGGACAUUCUCGGCAGCAGCAAGUGUCGGCUGUUCAUCUCGCACGGCGGCUUCGCGAGUGUUCUGGAGUCGCUCUGUCAUGGAGUACCGCUGGUCACCAUGCCCGGCUCGGGGGACCAGCAGUUCAAUGCCGUCAACGCCGUGUCUCUGGGCGUGGCCGAGCUGCUCUCCUGGGACGAGCUGACGGCGGAGAGCCUGCGCUCGGCCAUGGCGGCGGCGCUGUCGGCCGAGCGGCUGGCGGCGGCCCGCCACCGGCAGCGGCUGAUGGCCGAGCAGCCGGUGCCGCCCCGUGACCUGGCCGUCCACUGGGUGGAGCACGUCAUGCGCCACGGCGGCGCGCCGCACCUGCGCUCCGUCGGCGCCGAGCUCAACUUCUUCCAGUACUACUCGCUGGACGUGCUGGCCUUCUUGCUGGCCGUGCUGCUGCUGGCGCUGAAGCUGCUGAUUGCCAUGCUGAAGUGCUGUUGUCGCUGUGUGUGCGUUCGGAGGACGCGUCGGGUGCCCGCCGAGACGAAACCCAAGGCUAAGCGAGCCAAACGCGACUAGCCCGCGACAAAAGUAAUGCUGAGUAGGUAUAUGCAUGGAUUUUAUGCAGAUGCUGUUGUGGAAACCGCUGUCUUCGGUUGAACAUUUGUUCCUUUGAAAGAAUGACCAGGGUAAUUCACAGGGUCAAGACAAGAAGUUGCAUUUCCACUUCUAUGCGCGUGCCGCGUGAAUUUCCUGUGUUUGUGUGUGAGGGGGAAGAUAAGAUGUUCCUACACUUACCUACUAUGUGCGCAAAUUAAUAACCCAGACUCGAGAGUCUUUCUAGACUUGAAUGCAUUGCGUGAAGGCGGAAGAAGGCGCUAGGUCUUGGGUUUCAAUGAGGGCUGCGCGCUAUAUGCAGGAGUUUUGCAUGGAAUGAUGGAGCACAUCCUACAGGUAAAUCGAUAUCAUAUUUUGAAUAUAUGUAUGUGCUGUAGAUAGGUACUUAGCGACGGUGAUGAUUGAAUGAAUUGGAAGACUAUGUCGACUGAAAUGUUGCCUUAAAUAAACUGCCAUCUCCCAACUUUCCAACGAAUUGUGAUUCAGUAUUUGCCGAUCGAUGUGUUAGCGCUAGGGAUGCGAGGUGAGAUAUUUACUGCGUGAUUCAAAGAUGUUGAGCUCCGCCACAGAGGGAGACAGCGAACGUACACCGGUAUCUGGUUCCAGGUAACCGUUGCUCUUAGCUCUGUGGCGGAUCGACUUUCUACCCAGCUCCGUUGUCACUUGAGGCGGCCUAAGAUGGCCAUCCGCACGCUUCUGCUCAGAUGUGACCGUAGCGAGCUCAGCUACUACAGCACCAUCCGUUCGUAAGUUAGACAGGGGGCAGAGUCUCCCCCCCCCCCCCCUCCAGCAGGGCGCGUGUGGCUUAAUUAAUACUUCUGCGGGGCGCGGGUGAAAGACAAUCAGUGAUGCAUUCUAACUAGGGACAUAUCCAAUAGAAAGGUAGGAAAGAAGGGUGGCCCGCACAAGACAGACGGGGAUUGGGUUACACGUCACACUUGUGAACGUGCGCACUUUACAAUGGCGCUCGUUCGCUUGUUGUCCCAAAAAAGCGUCUUCUGCAAGGACCGUUUUCACGUCCACGAUGCUCAAAAAUUCAAUUACCUACUCGCAAUAAUUA